AUUAUUUCUCCACUCCAAUUUUUAUAUCAUUUCUUAUACUACUGUGCUAUGAGAAUCCCAUUUGUGCUCAUGCGGGCCAGCGGCCUGUUCUACUUUGCCAUUAUCAUGAUGAUGGCCCUCAGCGCAAAGCUGGUCGAGGCGGCGCGCGGACCGGUCGUGACCAACAAGGUGUUUUUUGAUAUCAAGCAGGGCGACAAGGAGCUUGGGCGCAUUGUUAUCGGACUUUUUGGAAAGACCGUCCCAGACACCGCAAGGAACUUCCUUGAGCUGGCCACUGGCGAGCACGGCUUCGGCUACAAGGGCAGCAAGUUCCACCGCGUUAUCAAGGAUUUCAUGAUUCAGGGCGGCGACUUCACUAGGGGCGAUGGAACCGGUGGAAAGUCUAUCUACGGCAACAAGUUUGACGACGAGAACUUUAAGCUGCGCCACACUGGUCCCGGCGUGCUGUCGAUGGCCAAUUCUGGCAAGAAUACCAAUGGCUCUCAGUUCUUCAUCACCACUGUGACGACCUCAUGGCUUGACGGCCGCCAUGUCGUGUUUGGCAAGGUCAUGGAGGGCAUGGAUAUUGUCACUGCCAUCGAAAAUGGGCCCAAGAGCGCCGGUGACAAGCCCAAGGUCGACAUUGUUAUCGCUGACAGCGGUGAGCUCGAGAUUGUGAGACCGAGACUCCUCUUCGUGUUGAGCUGUAGAUAUCUUUGUUUUUUGUAUAGCGAGUUAACACUGCUUUAUUUCAUUUUUUUAUCUUUUUGAUGAAGCAGUUAAAUGAACGCGUAAAAUAUUAUGCAGUUACAAAUGCC